UAAAAAAAAAUUAAUAAAUCUUCUGUAGUUUUUUUCAUUGUUAGUUAUUCAAUUUUAUUCUUUAACAAGGAUAUAUUUUUUUUUUUUGUAGUAUAUGAGUUUAGUAAACUUGUUUAGUUAAUGCUAUUAAUGAAUGUUUUUAGUCUGUAAGGAUACUUGCCAAUUUUUAGCAAUAUUAAUAGUCAGAGUUUAUAUUAAAUUAAAAAUAAAGGAAAAGUCAUAGUAAAUAAUUUUCCAUCAAUCAAUAUGGAGGGCAAUAGUAAACGUUCAAUUGACAAUGAUGAUCAUGGCGAAGAAAAUACUAAAAAAUUAAAACUGAAACAUGGAAUAUUAUGUUCUAAAAAUUCAUCUACAAUAAAUCUCACAGAUUUAUGUGAUGAUGUAAUCAUGCAUAUAUUUAAGUUCCUUUCACAUGACAAUCUUGCCAAUAUGUCAUUGGUUUGCUCCUCUUUAUCACGUAUUAGUAAAGACUGGACCCUUUGGAAAAAUGUGUAUUUUGCUAAAUAUGAAAAAUCUAUGGAAGAUGUUUAUCUAAGUUAUUUAAAAGAAUGUACUACAAACCUAAUUAUAAAAGGUGUAGACAAUCCACAAUACAAUACUUCCAUUUCAUAUAGGUUUUUAUCACAACUUGAACAGAAAUGCCCAGAGUUGAAUAGUUUAAGCUUGCAUAGGCAAAAAUUAAAUGCCAGUGAGAUAAAUAUUAAAAUGUUUCAUCGUGGUCUUAAAACUUUAAAAAUCAAAGAUUCAAUUGUAGAAAACAUUCCAGAAAAUACUUCAUAUUUAUGUGGAUUAAAUAAUUUUUGUCCCAACUUAGAAAUUGUUAAAAUGCAAUAUAAUGAUUGGUUCAUGCCACCUUGCUUAUAUGCAUUAGCUAAAUUAGAGAAACUCAAGUAUUUAAGUCUUAAAGGUUGUAAACAAUUUAAAGACUGUAUUCCUUAUGCCAGCAUUACUACUAUUACUGGUUUCAAAUAUUUACAAACAUUAGAUCUUCGAUUAACUCCUAUUAGUGAUCAUGAGUUGGUUUGUUUUCAAAGAUUGAAAGAAUUAAAAAAUGUUUUUCUUGAAAGUCCUCCUGAUACAGACCAUAACAGUGAUGCUACUAUAAGUGAUCUUGGUCUUUCUAGAUUUUGCAAUGAUUUGUACAGUUUUCACAACAGAUAUAUUCGAAUAUUAAUUGGUGGAGGUGAAGUCAAUUUAAGAAGGGUUCAUGAAAGAAUCGAUCAAAUUGACAAAAGCAAGUUGAAAAAAUUAAUUGUACGUAAUUACCCUAAAGUAACUGAUGCAUUUUUAAAAUCUGCAGCAAAAUCAUGUCCUUACAUAGAGGCUCUAGAUGUCACGGGUACUUCUUGUUCAUCAGAAGAAAUUGAGAGAUAUAAAGCUCAAAGACCUAAUGUUGAUGUAGUGUGUUGAAUCUUUUUGAAGUCUGAGCUAUAUGUAUAUGCAAUAAAUUUAGUCUGAAAAUUCAAUUUUUAAUAGUACUAAUUCUUGGCAUUUUUUUUUUUUUUUUUUUUGUAGAAAUAGACUGGAGCCUUAUUAUAAGUAUUUAUAAUAAUAUCAGUUUAGUUAUUUAAAUUUUUUUGAAAAAUUUGACUCUUAUUGAUUACUAUUUUAUAUACAUUAUAAUUACAAUGUAUAUUUUUCUAAAAGUUAACCAAUCUUAAAAUAAUCAGUGUAUUGAGUUAUAUAGGUUCCUACAUUCUUAAAAUUUGUUCCUUCAUUUUAUUUUCUUCAUA